CCUGCACCCUGGCAGAAUAUCAGCCAUGCUUUGAACUUGCACUCUGAUAACGAUACCCUGAGUCACAUCAUGUCCCUAAAGCCAUCGACAUCACGUACACUGCUAGAAAACUCAACACUUGUCUCUCAAGGUGCCGAAGCUAAAGUUUACAAGGCUUAUUUGCAUCAGGCUUCAGUAUCAGGCACCGACGACGAUGGAGGGCCUGUACCCGUUCUUCUCAAAUACCGGUUUCAAAAGCAAUACCGCCAUCCCUCUCUGGAUACUUCGCUCACGCGAUCACGCAUAGCUGGCGAAGCGCGAGCUUUGAUCAAAUGUUUACGUUCCGGCGUCAAUGUACCUGGUAUUCGUAUGGUAGAUGCUGCUAGUGGUGUCCUCGCAAUAGAAUGGAUCGAGGGGAAAAGUUUGCGACAUCUCUUUCCUGGAGGAGCCGAAGACGAUGAUGUUUCAGAAGAUAUUGCUGAAAGUGCAGACGAAGAGGACGAAGAGGAAGACCUAUUGACUGGUUUUUAUGUAUCUCGGGAUUUACUGAUGACCAAAGUCGGGAACGAGAUCGCAAAAAUGCAUCUUGCAGACGUCAUUCACGGCGACCUUACCACGUCAAACAUGAUGCUACGACAGGGUAGCAAAGACCUAGUACUCAUUGAUUUUGGUCUGGCAUAUAUGUCGACACUAGUAGAAGACAAAGCGGUUGACCUCUAUGUCCUCGAACGCGCCUUUUCAUCGACGCAUCCAGAUUCAGAGCCGUUGUUUUCCUCUGUACUUGAGGCCUACAGAGUCAAAAUGGGAAAGCAAUGGACGGCUAUCGGAAAAAGGUUGGACGAUGUACGGUUGCGGGGCAGGAAGCGCAGCAUGGUGGGAUAGACCGCUUACUAUUAUGUAUUGCUACGAUCACUUCUGCGACAUUCUCACUAUUCUAUCUAUCAAUGUAUGAAUAUAUGUACUACAGCAACUUCAGUCAAGUACGUUCAAUGUGAUCUGUGGUCGUAAAUCACGAGAAUCAUGCAGCUUCUAAGUGGCUUUUACAGCCAAAUGUCGCAAAAAUCGGUUUUAGCAUAUAUGACCAUGUCGCAGCCUUUUGCACGUUUUCAGGCCUGAUGGAUCCAUAUUUUGGUUGCGUCAGAGUACAAAAUUGCAUGAAAAGGUGCAAAAGGCUGCGAAAAGCCGAUAUAUGGUAAAACUGAUUUUUGCGACAAACUUGUCUCUAGCAGUGGGUAGAUGUAAGCUGAGGGCUUACUCUCAUUGGACCCGCUGGUUGUUGUAUUGUCAAUGUACACACU